CGCGGAGCUCGGGCGGCGAGAAGGGGCCGCGGAGGGGGGGGGGCUGCCGGCGGCGGCCGAGCGGCGGCGAGCGAGGACGGGGGGAGAGGAGUGAAGGCGAAAUGAGCGCUAGGCUCCCCCUGGGCACAGAGCCGCCCUCGACAGCCGCCGCUUGUGAAUGAACUGAGGCAAGGCCGCCCGCCGAGUGCCCCCCUCCCCUUCUCCUUCCCCUCCUUCCCCUUCUCCCCCGGCCUGCCCGCCCGCCGGCGGACCCACUGCGGCCGUCCCCGCCUGUCCCCGGCUUCCCUGCCUUCACGCACCUUCGGGAGAGCGGCCCUGCCCGCCACAGCCGGCUCCGUCCACCGCGGCCGGGGGAACUGAAGGAAGGCCAUCAUGGGAGCAUUUUUAGACAAGCCAAAGAUGGAGAAGCAUAAUGCCCAGGGGCAAGGGAAUGGGCUUCGUUACGGUCUGAGUAGUAUGCAAGGCUGGCGAGUUGAAAUGGAGGAUGCACAUACAGCUGUGAUUGGUUUGCCAAAUGGACUUGAUGGAUGGUCAUUUUUUGCUGUAUAUGAUGGGCACGCUGGAUCACAGGUUGCCAAGUACUGCUGUGAGCAUUUAUUAGAUCACAUCACAAGCAACCAGGAUUUUAAAGGGCCAGAUGGGCCUCCAUCUGUGGAAAGUGUAAAGAGCGGCAUCAGAACAGGUUUUCUGCAAAUUGAUGAACACAUGAGAGUCAUCUCUGAGAAGAAACAUGGUGCAGACAGAAGUGGGUCAACAGCUGUGGGUGUCAUGAUUUCUCCCCAACAUACAUACUUCAUCAACUGUGGAGACUCGAGAGGUUUACUUUGUAGAAACAGGAAGGUUCACUUCUUCACGCAGGAUCACAAACCAAGUAAUCCACUGGAGAAAGAGCGUAUACAGAAUGCAGGUGGCUCUGUAAUGAUUCAGCGUGUGAAUGGCUCUCUUGCAGUUUCAAGGGCACUUGGGGACUUUGAUUAUAAGUGUGUCCAUGGGAAAGGUCCUACAGAGCAGCUAGUCUCACCUGAGCCUGAAGUUUAUGAAAUUGAGAGAUCAGAAGAAGAUGAUCAGUUCAUCAUACUGGCUUGCGACGGUAUCUGGGAUGUUAUGGGAAAUGAAGAGCUGUGUGACUUUGUAAGAUCCAGACUUGAAGUCACUGAUGACCUUGAGAAAGUUUGCAAUGAGAUAGUUGACACCUGCUUGUACAAGGGAAGUCGAGACAACAUGAGUGUGAUAUUGAUCUGUUUUCCGAAUGCACCAAAGGUAUCGCCAGAGGCGGUGAAAAGAGAGGCAGAGUUGGACAAGUACCUGGAAAGCAGAGUAGAAGAGAUCAUAAAGAAGCAGGGUGAAGGAGUCCCAGACUUAGUCCACGUGAUGCGUACGUUAGCAACUGAGAGCAUCCCAAACCUCCCGCCAGGGGGUGAAUUGGCGAGCAAACGGAGUGUGAUUGAAGCCGUUUAUAAUAGACUGAACCCCUACAGGAAUGAUGAUACUGAUUCUGCCUCAACUGAUGAUAUGUGGUAAAACUGCUCAUCUAGCUGUGGAGUUCACAUUUCAUUCUUCAAAUGAAAGUGCAGCCCAACCUCAGUGACCCUUCUUAACAUCCAUCCUCAACCUUAAUUAAAGAAGGGAAUAUGAUGUGUUGGUGAGAGUGACUACAGCAGUGCGACACCUAGCCCAGGAACUGAUCUUUUUUGUAAAACAGACUUCUGUAAACGUGAUUUCAAACCGUAAUUCAUGUUGUAAAUCAGACUCCAGCAAUUUAUGUUGUAUGAUUUUGUUUUUGUAAAGUGCAAUUGUCUUGUACAAAAUGCUCAUAUUUAAUUAUGAACUGCUUUAAAUCACUAUAAAGGUUAGAAGAAAUGUUUGGCUUGUGUGAUGCAACAAUAUAUAUCCCUUUAAUUCAUGUUGUGGUUUUGGAUUGCAAGGAGCAGCAGCCUAGCCAGCUAGGUGUUCAAGAGGGGCACAAAACUGUAAAGACAAGUUUUUGUUUUAUAUGAAAGCUGUCUUGAGUUAAAGGGAGUUCUGAUUUUAACUUCAGUGGGAGUUAAAUCAUGCCCUAUUAAUAGUAUCAUGUUCAUACACGUAUGAACCUUGGGAUUAGAAUGCCUUGAUUCUUUGCACCUCUUUUUUCAUUAACCCUUACCUGAAACUACUAAUCACUGAGCAUGAACAGGCAGCUUUCUACACACAGUAGGAAUCUGCAGCAUUUUUACAAUCCUGAUUGGCUGGGUCUGCUGCUGUUCCAAGUAAAAUAACUUUGAAUUCCAUUUUAUCAAUAAAGCUUGAUAUAACAAACAGAAGUUUAUCCAUAAAUGUGUAAUUCCUUUUUUCCUGCCUUUUAAAAUGUCAGUGCCAUUGUAGAUGAUAUUUUACUUGUAGAAGCAUAUUUUUAUUAAUAGGUAGCCCAUUUUUAAAAUGGGAAGGAUUUUGAUUAUUGCCCAAGACAUAGCCAUAUGCUAAAAGAUGAUGUGGGAUUAAUCCAUUACCCUAUUUUUUAAAAGUGUGGGAUUUUUCAGGCUUUUUGAUUGUUUGUUUGGGUUUUUUCUCCCCACUGAAGGUGUGCAUUGAUUUGAAUUUGCCUACUGUUUGAUAAAAAUACCUUUCUCAAAGCCUGACAAUCUUUAACAUUUUAUGGUGUGUAUUUUUAAUUGACCCACUUAGAAUGAGAGACUAGUGGUUAAACAGUACUUGUGAUUUGAGAUAUAGCAUGUUGACAAUAUUUAACUGUUUGUUGUUUAAAAUUCUAAUUUAAAAUUUUAUAAGGUAAUAAACUAAUUUGAUUUAAGCUUAGCUUUUUCCCAUUAAGCAUACAAAAAAUAAGUUUUUGAGUCAGUCGUGUUUGCAAAACUGCUGUUUGUGCACCUUGUAUUGUCUUUUUGGUUGAGAAUAUUGUAUUUAAUAUGUAGUUUACUCAUUUAGUAGGCAGAUUCCCAAAAAGGAAAAUCAGUAAAACAAGUAGAUUGUAACAUUUACUGCAGUUAAACAGAAUCAGAACUUGGUGUAUAAUUACUUUUUGAUAGGAAAAUGUAGUACAAUGCAUUUUGCUAUAUUUGUCUUUCCCUAACUUUGAAAUAUACAUAUUUGUAUAUAUAGCCUUAAAACUAAUGCAGAGUUAGGGAACACUGAACAGUGAAAAAGUAACUUAUAGUGUCUUGGAACUAAGUAUAGUAUAUACCAGCAAACUUUUCUUUUAUCCCUCUUGUCUAUGUGGGGUGCUUCAACGUAACUUCAUUGUAUUCAGUUUGUAAUCUGUUCAAGCAUGAAUGAAGAAAACAUAAGCACUAUUUGUAUUUAUAAAUUUAUAGCAAUUUUUGCUUAAAGAACCAGUUCCUUACCUACCUAUGAAUAAAUGCUUAAAAUGUCUAAUUUUGUUGUAGAGUGCAAAACUAUAAUAAUGUUAACUUAUAGCUUCACAGGCACCUAAUUAACAGGCAUAUUUAAUAAUACAUGGCAUAUUAGUGCAAAAUGCUAAACUUAAUUUAGGACUAGGCAGAUAAAGUUCUGUCCUUUUUACGUAGAGACUAAAGUUUAAUUUUGGAAACUGCAAAACUUUGAACUGGACUGUGGAACCUUUGAGUUUUUCUGAAGGAAAACUGUGGUGUAAAAAGCCAUACUUCAAACAAUAAUCACUUAAACUGUCUCAGUGACAAAUGAUGUAUUUGAAGCCUCUUCUUGGAGGUCUCCUAAAGGUUAGAAAGAAAAUAUUUCUGCUAUUGCUACAGGCGAUGUAACUAGGUUUGAGGGUAGCAGAAGAAAGCCCGUUUCAGGCCUUUCUCUCUCCCGCCUAUGUUCAGCGUUUUGAUGAGGUCAGAGCACUGAAUCUACUAUGUAUGCAUAAACACUGCCAUUUUAGAUACAGAUUUUGAUUUAAAAUGUAUGGAUUAAAUAUAUCAAGCAUCCUAGGAAAGAGGCAAGCUGUACUUUUCACUGCUCUGAAAAGAAAAAGGCACUUUUGCACCUUUGUGCAUCUCGUUCUUGCACCAGAAACUUUUUUUAAAUGCUAAAAACAUUAGCACCUCAGGGGCAAGGCAGCAAUUUUUUUUUAAGUAUUGUGUGCUAUUUAUUUCCCUCUUGGAAAAAGAUUCCUGUGUGACAAAAAUGAAAAUUGUGUGAUGUUAAAAGAUGUAUUUUUAAAUACAUGUUCAAAUAGGAUGGUCCCAAUUUGCUUGUUUUUAAAAGGAAAUUACAUUUGUAAAGCUACUCUGCUUCGUAUGCCAUGCAACUUUGUUUUCCUUCUACAUAUGACAGCUUCACUGGCUUCAGUUUCUGUGUGUUUUGUUAUAGUCAGAUUAAAUGUUUCACUGAUCA